AUGGGCAACGAGGAGGCGGAAGGAGAGGAAACGAAAGAAGAGGAAAGCGAGGAAAUAGAAGAGGAAAAACUAAAGGAAGAAGAAAUAAAGAAGGCACUGAGAAAAAUGAAGCUCAAGAAAGCUGCCGGCAUAGACAGAAUACUGACAGAAGCGUGGAAGUAUGCUGGGAAAAGGCUAUGGAAGAAGCUGGUAUCUUUAAUGAAGAUGGUUUGGAGAAAAGGCAAGAUACCGGAAGAUUGGAAAAAAAGCAUAAUAGUACCCAUAUACAAGAGAGGGGAUAAAGAAAAGGCAACAAAUUACAGAGGAAUAACAUUGCUAUGCACAGCGUACAAAUUGUAUGCGGAGAUACUGAAAAAUAGAUUAGAGAAAGAAACAGAGGAGAAAUGA